UUCUCGUGCCCGGCGUCCAUGUCUCCCCUUCCUCCCCCAUUGCGAUCACAUUCCCCAUGUCUCCCUCGACACAAUAAUCGUACCCAUUCGCCAUCACAAAGCUUCGAUUUUUACCGCCGUCGCCGACCAUGGCCGCCACGCCGGAGGAGUUCCUGGGUCAGGAAGACUUCCUAGUUGUCGCUGACCCCGAGCCCUUCUCCCCCUCCGUCUUCCUCGACCUCCCACCGACGCCGCGCCCCGACGGCGGCCCCAGUGGCGAGGAUCUUGCCUCGUCGGACGACCUCGUCCUCCCCUUCAUCUCGCGCAUGCUCAUGGAAGAGGACAUCGACGACAAGUUCUUCUACCAGUACCCCGACCACCCCGCGCUCCUCACCGCCCAGGAGCCCUUCGCCAAGAUCCUCUCCGACGCCGCCACCACCACCUCCUCCGGCUCAGAUUCCGCCACCAGCAACACGGACGGAAGCGGCAACCCCACCCUAUCGCCGUCCUCCGCUGCCGACGCCACCUGGCAGUACGAUCCAAUCGAGCUCUCCCAGCUGCUCCAGUCCCCGCCGUACCCCGACAUGGGACUGGACGACCUUACCACCGACGAUGUCAACGCCUUCUUCAUGCCCACACAAGAUGGCGCCAGCGCCGGAGUCCAGAAGAGGCCGGCGCAAUUAGGGAACGCCGGUGACGCCAACGCGUUCGUUGCUGGUUACUUCGACGGUAGCACCGGCGUCCAGAGUUCGGGGUUCUGUGGCGCGGAGGAGGAUGAUACAAAGACAACGAUGACCACCUUGCCUGCUGGCGACGGGGACCACUGCGCGCUGGCCUCGGCCUUCUUCAGUGGCGAGAAUGGAGACAUGCUCAACCUGUCAUUCCUCAAGGGCAUGGAGGAGGCCAAGAAGUUCUUGCCCACUAACAACAGCCUCCUCAUCGACCUUGAGCUUGAGGACACCUCCGGGGAGCACCUGCUCAGAGACAGCAAGCUGUCGCGUGGCUUUGCUACCGGCCAAGUGAAGAAGGAUGGUAUGCCAAUGUUACAAGGAAGUGGUAAUGGCAGGGGCGGCAAGAACCAGCAUAGUGGGGAUGAUGACUUGGAGACCGAGACGGGCAGGAACAGCAAGCUGAUGGUGCCUGAGCCGGAAGAAACUGGCAAGAUGGUCGAUGAAACAAUUCUCAAUGUAUACGACCUGUGCCACAGUCAAAUGCAGGGCCUGCGCAUCACUAUGAGCAGCGAGGCUGAGAAAAACAUGAGGAAGUCAGGACAGGGAAGGCGGAGCACCAAUGAGGUGGUGGAUUUGCACACCUUGCUCAUCUACUGUGCACGGACUGUGGCCAUGGACGACCGACGGAGUGCGAUCGAACUGCUUAGGCAGAUCAAGCAGCACUCCUCGCCAAGCGGAGACGGCACACAAAGGGUAGCUCAUUGUUUUGCUGAGGGACUGGAGGCAAGGCUGGCAGGCACGGGGAGCCAUGUGUACAAGUCACUCAUGGCAAAGCGCACCUCGGACAUGGAGUUCCUCAAAGCCUACCAUCUGUACCUGGCAGCUAGCUGCUUCAAGACGAUGGCGUUCAAGUUCUCCAACACGAUCAUCCGCAAGGCCGUUGCUGGGAGGAAGAAGGUGCACAUUGUGGAUUACGGCAUCAAUUACGGGUUCCAGUGGCCAAACUUGUUGCGCUCGUUGGCUACUUGGGAGGGCGGACCACCGGAGGUGAGGAUCACCGGCAUUGACCUCCCCCAGCCCGGGUUCCGCCCAGCUGCUCGGAUUGAGGAGACAGGUCGCCGGCUCAGCGAUUGUGCCCGCCAGUUUGGCGUGCCAUUCAAGUUCCACAGCAUCGCAGCAAAGUGGGAGACGGUUCAUGUUGAUGAUCUGAACAUUGACCCCGAUGAGGUACUAAUCGUCAACAGUGUUGUCCAAUUUGGAAAUUUGAUGGACGAGGGCGUGGACAUAUACAGCCCGAGCCCCAGGGAUGUGGUCCUCAGCAACAUCCGGAAGAUGCGACCAGAUGUGUUCAUUCUUUUUGUCAUGAACGGCUCACAUAACGCGCCACUCUUUGUAACACGGUUCCGGGAGGCACUGUUCCAUUACUCGGCAAUGUUUGAUAUGCUGGAUGCCACAGCCCCACGGGACAAUGGCCCGCGCUUGCUGGUUGAGCGGGACCUCUUUGGGCGGUGUGCCCUGAAUGUCAUCGCUUGUGAGGGCUUGGACAGGGUAGAGCGCCCCGAGACAUAUAAGCAGUGGCAGGUGCGGAACCAUCGGGCAGGACUGAAGAAGCUGCCGUUGGAUCCAGAUAUUGUUACAGCCGUCAGGGAGCAUGUCAAGAGCUGCUACCACAAGGACUUCGUCAUUGAUGUGGAUCUCCAGUGGCUCUUGGAAGGGUGGAAGGGGCGCAUAUUUUAUGCCAUGUCGACAUGGGUUGCAGAUGAUGCUAUCUCAUCAUUUUAGCUGCGUUUUCUUAUCCAUUCUGGAUAUAGCUAUUGAUAAUGGCAGGCAUAUAUAUAUGUUUCUGCGUUGCCAGUGAACAUCAAACACUGCUAAGCAGCUGUGAUUCAGCGAACUUCAUUUCAAGAUGGCUUGUUGGACUAGAGAUGAAACUUGUAAGAUAGAAAUAAGUUGAGAAAUAAUAAUGUCUUUUGUAAUGUAAAAUUAGAUGUUUAUAUAGGUGAUCUUGUUGCUCCUUAGAGCUAUCAUAGGAUCUUAGCUAUAGUUCCUGGCGUGUUGACGCAGAACUUUUGUUAAUGUACGACAAACCGAAUAUCCCUGCUAUAUUGUUAUUCUG